UGGGCAGGAGGCUGCAGGAGGCUGCAGGAGGCUGCAGGAGGCUGCAGGGUGCUGGGGGUGCGUUCUCAUGGAGCAGGCGUCAGCUGACUCUCUUCUGUCUUCCAGAGUCUUCAAGAAGUCCAGCCCCAACGGGAAGCUCACCGUCUACCUGGGCAAGAGGGACUUUGUGGACCACGUGGACCUGGUGGAGCCAGUGGACGGAGUGGUUCUGGUGGACCCAGAGUACCUGAAGGAGAGGAAAGUUUUCGUGACCCUCACCUGUGCCUUCCGCUACGGCCGCGAGGACCUGGACGUGCUGGGCUUGACCUUCAGGAAGGAGCUGUUUGUGUCCAGCGCGCAGGUGUUUCCUCCUCCGUCCGGUCCGCGGCCCACUGCCACCCGUCUGCAGGAGCGGCUGCUGCGGAAGCUGGGCCAGCAGGCGCAGCCCUUCACCUGCCAGAUGCCGCUCAACCUGCCGUGCUCCGUCACGCUGCAGCCGGGGCCCGAGGACACGGCGAAGGCCUGCGGCGUGGACUUCGAGGUGAAGGCCUUCUGUGGCCAGUCUGCCGAGGAGAAGAUCCACAAGAGGAACUCGGUGCGUCUGCUGAUCCGGAAGGUCCAGUACGCCCCAGAGACGGCGGGUCCUCGGCCCACGGCGGAGACCACGCGCCACUUCCUGCUGUCGGACAAACCUCUGCACCUGGAGGCCUCGCUGGACAAGGAGGUGACCUCUGACCCCGGGGGUGUGGGUGCCGCUGACGCCGCUGCGCUCCCUCCGCAGGUGUACUACCACGGCGAGCCCAUCAGCGUCAACGUGCGCGUGACCAACAACAGCAGCAGCAAGACGGUGAAGAAGAUGAAGGUCUCGGUGCGUCAGUUCGCGGACAUCUGCCUCUUCAGCUCGGCGCAGUACAAGUGUCCCGUGGCGCUGGAGGAGUCGGAUGACCUGGUCCCGCCCAGUUCCUCCUUCUGCAGAGUCUUCACGGUGACUCCCUUCCUGGCCAGCAACCGGGAGAAGCGCGGCCUGGCGCUGGACGGCAAGCUCAAGCACGAGGACACCAACCUGGCGUCCAGCACCCUGCUGCCGGACGGCGCCAGCAAGGAGCUGCUGGGCAUCGUGGUGUCCUACCGAGUCAAGGUCAAGCUGGUGGUGACGCGCGGCGGGCUUCUGGGAGACCUGGCCACCAGUGACGUGUGUGUGGAGCUGCCCUUCACUCUCAUGCAUCCUAAACCGUGUGAAGACUUCCUGCUCAGUGACGCUCCGGAGGAAACAUCCGUCAACUUGAUCCACUUCGACGCCAACGACGAUGACAUCAUCUUCGAAGACUUCGCCCGCCAGCGCAUGAUCGGCGCCAAAGGGGCGGAGGAGGAGGAGCCGGAGGACUGGCCCGCACUGAGCGACAGAUAGGGCGCAGCGCCGAGCCGCUGCCGUCUGGCCAGAUGUGCGGGGCAAACGGAUGACCUGCUGGCGGCGCUGUGUCCCUGUUGGUGUCGAGAUGUCAGUCCUGUUUUGCCUGAGUGCAGCCAGGAGGUGGCGCUGUGGCAUCUCGCUGUUGUUUGUUCGCAUGAGUUUCCCUUGGUGGCUGAGACAGGAAGUUCUGCGGCCCCCGGUCAGCUGACCUGGUCGGCCAAUCACGGCCGGAACUGCAUGAAGUCGCUCAGAGAUCCGGAACCGGAGAUGUCGCAUGACCGAGAAGAGCCCGACGGCACCAAGAAGCAGGCCAGAAGCUGGUGGUGAGGUGGGCCCCUGCUCCCGCCUUUAUUGAACCCUCUCAAUAAAACCAAGUUGGCAUCUGGGUCCGGGCUCCGGGAGGAAGGUUUGCGGGGGGGACGUGAC